AUGGUACUACGGCAUAGCGCCUCUAGGGUGCUGUUUCUUUUCUCUGCUUUUCUACUCUGGACUUCUUUUGCGGUGGCUUCCUCCCCCGCGUCAUUCUGCAAGUGCACCUGCUUUUCCAAUAGUACGAUCAUCCCUCUCGAUCCCGACUCUUCCGAAUCGACAUCGGCCUUGAACGGUGUCUCCCAUUUCCUUCGUCGCAGCGAUGAUACCGCUAUUUUGGAUACAAGAGCGAAGAAUUAUCGCUCUUUGAACUGCAACGAUUGUAACCGGAAGUUCUGCUUGGACUAUGACUUGCCCACCUGCCAUGGUGCUAAGGAAGAUGAUGUCUUUACCACCUGUUUCCAGAGAGACUCCCGGAAAGACCAAGCCAUUGUAUUCAUGUUUAUCAUUGCUACUGGCAGUCUGCUUGCCUGGGCGAUCUUUAAGCCUUGGGUAGAGAAGUGGCUCGAGGCUGCGAGAGAGCGGCGGUUAUAUAUCCCAGUGUCCGAAAAUGCUGGUCGUUAG